UUUAUUCUUCGGCCACACUGCGUUAACGCUGAACGUCGAAUCGAACUUCUUAUAAUACUUCUCCUUGGCCUGGAAUUCUGCCAACUCAUUGAUUUUUUUAAGUGUAAUAAUUAUCAAAAUAUUGAACCCAGUACCUAAUUCAUAAUAUAAUUCUUUAUUGUCCAAUAUGUCUGGUAAUGUUAGAAAUACAUUGUUCUAACGCUAAUAAUUGACAAAUGCAAUAACAAUAGAUAACAGUACAUUGUGUUUAAGACUGAAUUUAUUAUAAGGUUUCUCUUAUAUUUGUGUAAAAACAAUUUACAUGAACUAUAUUUAUAAAAAUUAGAAGUAGUGAUUAAAAACGUGCUUGAAAUAAAGUACGACGCAGUAUGAUCCGCCAUGUUGCAUGGACUUAUUAGGGCGUGGCGUUCCUUGUGGAUACUUCUAUUGUGUAAUGUCUUCAAAUAUUGAAUAAAAAUGCCACGCAUUGAUCCAAUCAAAUUGUUGGAGUGUCUCAGUGUACUUCUGUCACCCACUGGUGGAAUAAAGAGUAGAGGCGAAGUUGAGAGACUGGCAAAUUUGAUGACAAAAUUCUCCAAGAAACUGGUAUCAAAAUGUAUAUAUAUACAAAUUUUAAAAUGCACUGAUACUGAAAUAUUACGUAUGUUCAUGGGAUCUGGUGGUUGGCUAUUAGUACACAUGUGGCUAACUGAGAGUAUAGUGGCAAAAAAUUGGCCACUUGUCAGGGAAUUGCUAGAACUCUUAUUACUAUGCCCCGUUGACAUAGAGCGAUUGAAAACCAACAAUUGCCCAAAACUUGUAAAGGAAUUGUCAAAGGAUGGUAACCAUUUCGCUAUUAGAGCCCUUGCUACAAAAUUGGUUGAGCAAUGGCUCAAGACUGUAAAAGGAGAACAAGUAGUGCCUAUUCAACUAUCUGACAUUACUCAAAUUGUAUCAGAAUCGGAAUUUGCAAGUAAUUUCUCUGUUACUUUAAAAAAUGAGGAUAAUGCUGUAACUAAGAUUAAAACUGUGUCUGAUGUUCAAAACACCCCACAUACUACAGAGGAAGAAAUUGCUGUCGCUGUUAAAUCAGAUGAAGUUAUUGCGGAAACUAAUGAUGUAAUCAAGCAAGAGAAAGAUAUUAAAGAUGAACAAAUUGAAGAUCAAGAAAAUUUACCUGUCUUAAGGAUUUCUUUAAAAGAAGGCAAGCAAGUUAUCUCCCAAGUAGAAGAUAUUGAAUGUAAAUUAUCUGAUGGCUCAUCUGAUACAGAAAAAGCAAAAGAUAAGAGCAAAACCAAAAAUAAAGUUAAAUCUAGUGAAAGAAGCAGUAGUAGUUCUAAAUCUAAUUCCUCAAAAUAUUCGAGUAAAUCACAUUCGUCAUCCAAUGAUAAACAUAAAGGUAGCAGUAGUCAUAAAAGCAGUAGUUCUAGCAGACAUAGUAGUAAAGAUAGGUCGAGAGAUAAGGAAAAAGAUAAAUAUAAAAGUUCCUCUCAUAGUUCCAAAUCUAAAAGCGAUAGUAAUAGUAAAAGAUCUAACGAUAAAUCAAAUUCUUCUAUGAAGUCUAAAGAUGACAAGAGCAGUAAACAAGUCUAUGAUAAGGAAAAAAAUAAGGUUAAGCUUGAUAAGGAGAAACAGGCACAAAAGACGUCUACUGAAAAGACUGAAGAAAAACCUUUAUCACCAUCCAUUCAUAAAUUAGGAAAAAUACCAAAAUUGAGUGAUGUCAAAAAAGAAAAACCUUCAAUUUCAAUAGAAGUUAGAAAACCGGAUGAUCCUAAACCUAAAACAGUAAAAACUUUUCAUUCUAAAUUUAGGAGACAUGGCUUGGAAGAGGAAAUCAAACCUCCACCCUCACGUGCCGCGCUACUGAGUAAAAAGGUCACACCUGUUCUACCACCUACAAUACCUAAAAGACCAUCGCCAGUUCAUAACGAAACUCCACCAGAAAAGAAGGCUAAAACUAUUGAAAUCAUUGAAAAACCGGGUGCUAUAAAAUUAAUUCCUCCUAAGCCGAAGCGUAAGUAUAAUUUAAUCAGCUUAAUACUUGAUUCAAUAUUAAUACAUUGCAUUUUUACAGGUUUCUCCAGUUGUGCUAUGCUUUACUCUGUGGCAUCAAGUUCACGCUAUAGUUUACAUUACAAUUUCACAUGUGCAAUGAUGUUAUUAGAAAGUGACAUGUUUAUGGAUGCGCUAAAUGCUUCAGCAACAAAUAAAAAGGAACCCAAAAAAAGGAAAAGACGCACAAGUGGAUCUAAAGACGGAAAUGCUCCUAAUGAAGGAUCUCCGCCACAUACGCCUACGUCGAUAACUAGUCCAAAUAGUGAUAAUAAAUCUGUCCCACCCCGCUUCUAUCAAGAUACUUUAGAAACAGAAGAAAAUAAAGAAAAGUCCUCAGAUCGGACAUCAGAAAAUAAUGAUAAUAUAGAAACUAAUAAUGUAAUAGCAAAAAGAGAUAUCAUAGAGGAACAAAUGGAUACUUCAGAGCCUCAUACUUUGACAGUUAAUGGCUUAAAAGGUGUUUUAUGUUAUCACAAAAGAAAAGGCCCUAAAAAAAGCAUUAAAUGGAAGCCAGACUCUGAAUUAGAAGAAAUUCAAUACUUUGAACUCGAUGAAACUGAAAGAGUUAACGUAACUAAACCUUUCACAGAUAUGAAAUAUUUGGAAAGAAUUCACGAAAGAGAAGCUUUCCAGAAAGCUAGAAAUCUUAGUAAUGAUGAUGUAAUGGAAGAAAAAACUAGUUGGAGACCUCUUAUCCCUAUUGAUACUGAGGGACAAAUUCAAGUAGAAUAUGGAAAAAAUAGUAAAGAAAAAGAAAUUCAAGCCAUUAGACAAAAAGGAACAUUACAGCCACUUUAUUUCCAUAAAUCAAUGAUUCCUGAUUCUCCUUUCGAACCAGAUCCUGAAACUCACCCAUAUUCUGAACCUACAAUUAUUCCUUUAGAAGAUGUCACUGGAAAUCAAGAUAAUGUGAGCGACUUUCGUAAUAUGCCAUGGCCUGAACCUAAAGGCAACGCACCUCCAGCAUCCACGACUACAACCGUGCAAUCUAUGUUUCCAACCAAUAUGGGCCAAUUUCCUGGUAACUUUCCAAAUGGUCAGUUUCCUGUUGUUCCAGGUUUCCAAGGACCUAAUCUGGGUCCUGGCGAAUGGCCAAAUGGUGUACCCCCUCACAAUAUGAUGCCGCCCAUGCCAACGCCACUACCACCUGUAAUGCCACCUACAAAUUUACCACCUGGUAUGAUAAUGCCUCCUGAAAAUAUGAUGAUGGGACCGGAAAUGUUCGGUGGUCCCAAUCCUAUGUUUCCUGUCCCUCCAGAUGGUUUUAACAUACAGCAGAAUAUGUUUCCGGUUGAUUUUAAUAUGUCGGGACCACAAGGUCCUCCUGGUCCAGAUGGAUUUUCGACUCCUGGUAAUUAUAGAGGAGCGAUGCGAGGUCGGGGUUCGGGUGGACAUUGGCGUGGAAAAAAUACAGGAAACUGGGAAGGGCCACAAAGAGGCCGCGGUGGUCAUUCCAGAGGUGGACGUAAAGCUGUUUGUAUAUACUUUCAAAGAAAAGGUUCCUGUCGACAGGGCGAUAACUGUUCAUUCUUACAUCCUGGUGUAAAUUGUCCGUUUUAAUCUAUUUGGCUGCUCAAGCAUGUCUGUUAUAUUUGUACAGCAUUCAUGAAAUUAUCAUAAUAUUAUAAGGAUUUAUAGUUAAGAGUUAAUUAUUAUUCUUUAGAGUUAUAUACUUAAAAGACUGUUAAAUAUGUAUAUAAUUUCAUAUGAAUAUUGUACGAAAAAAGUGUAAAUAAAAACUAAAAUAAAAGUGGUUAUGAACUUUUGA